GAAAUUCUGCAGACGUAGUCAGGUGAGGUAUACUUUCCAACAUGUACCGGGUCACUGUAUCAUAAUGACCCCAUGCCGGGUUACCAGAUGACGGGUGUGGUCGAUGGUGCAGACAGGCUGCUGGAAGGUCAUGAUCAAUACCUGGACUCUUGCUUCAGACCACCCACGUACUCAAAUAAUACCUAUCCGCGAUUUCCGCCGGAACUGAUCGACCACAUUUUCGAGAUCCUCCGGUACGAUCCUUUUACACUGACGAGGUGUCGCUUCAUUUGUCACGCUUGGUACCAUGCUGCAAAACGCCUCUUCUGGGGCAGCUGGCUCGAGUUGGGAACCCGAGAGGUCUUGGACGACUGCGUACAUAUGUUCUUGUCAAAUGGCAAUCGACCGUAUGGCAAGACAUUUACCAGCCUGAAGAUUGUGGAGGAUCCUCAAAGGCCCUUCAUACGCGUCUUUCCAAUGUGCAUCCCCGGGUACAUUCUACCACGAUUGACGAGCCUAGGGAUAGAGGACUUCGACUGCGCAGUCGCAAGGCCACAUGAUCGCUUCUUCCACUCCCUCUCCUACUACACUGGCAUCACAAGACUAGGUAUCACACAGUGCUGCUUUCGCAGUAUGGCAGAACUCCGUAGGAUUUCCAAUGCACUACCGAGCCUCGAACACUUGUCUCUCUGGGACGUCACACUGCAGCACCCGCUGGUACCUGAUCCAGUGACCCGCUACGUUCCCUCGUACCGCAACAAGCUCAAGAGAAUCGGACUUGGGACUUAUCACCCAACUUCCGAGUCGGCUGCUCACUUGUAUGAACACGGUCGAUUGUUGUUGGACGUAUGUGCGACGUACCCAUACGUAACAGAACUAGAGUUGGACCUCCGCUGCUACUCCUCGUUCUCACAUCUUCAUCGGGUUUUAUCCCAUUUCUCCCAUCUGUCCAACUUGUCGCUACGGAAUGCAUUCGGCCCCCAUGUCGAGCCUGCGUCAAUGGCGGACAUGACCCUGUACACAGCACAUGCACCAAAUCCCUCGCUGUCGACUUUCGGACUCGUUUACGUACCCCAAUUGUGGGCAUCCCAGCUUCUGAAGCUGUGGUCAACACCGCAAGUGUGUAGCCAACUGGAGGUCAUAUGGCUUGACUUCACUGCCAUCGAGGAUGCCCCAUGUGCAGAUCUUGGACCACACGUUACAGAGGUCCUGCGUCUCGCCGGAACUGCGCUCAAGACGCUCGAGCUUGAGUGUUAUCUCGCUAAUGGAUACGAUGUCGUACCGCGACUUACAGCAAAUACAGCACUGACAAUGCUAACGGUGCACUUUCGCGCUGUCGAACCGUCACUUCCGAGGAUCCAGAGGGCCCUAUGUAUCUUGCUAUCUGACAUCCGAAGCUCGCAUUUGGGGCGGCUCAGAAUCACCAUUAAUCUGUCCCACUCCGAGACGUCUGAAUAUGGGGACGAGGUGUUGGUCAGCGAGACAGACUCUCCCAGCUUCACCUUCGAUUUCCAGAGUGUACUCUCUCGUGGCGUCUUUCACCGGCUUCCAGCACACUCUGAGCAGGACGAGGCGGGUGUUGUCAUUCAAGUCCAGACGGACUCGGAAGAGAUCCAAAUCGCCACAAUGUCUGCGAUCAAGUCGUAUAUGAUCAACCUGUUCGCGCCGUGGCUGGAUCGCGAAGUCUUACGGCUCCACUUCAUUCCCGAUCCUGACGGUGAAUUGUCCGUCACUCGUGAUCCCUCAUCAGUACUUGGGACGCAUACCAGCAUUACGAAAAUCCAGGACGCGGGAGAUGACGAAAGCGGAGGAAACGUGUGCGAUGCUAGUGGAGAUACAGAUGUGAUUUCUCCGGGGCCGAUAGACGGUGCGCUUGGAGUUGCAGGACUGACCUCGGACUAUCAAGUUGUCAACAACCGAACUCGGAGAGCGCCUUUGUGAACGGCGUUCGGCGCGGUAAUCCACCGGACAUCUCGCCGCUACACGCUUAGCAGGCUUUUGCAGUCGAUUUGCGAGACUCAUGACGAGAAUCCUUGGAAUUGGAGCUGAAGAACGGACGUGCAGGGUUAGGAUUCGGGAACAUGGGCGUGAUACACACAGGACAGGAUGGAUCAUAGGUUUGCGAGGUCGUUAGGGGACGUGCAGGACUCACCGCGCGUACUGCUGUAAGAAUCAUGUUGUCUAUUGUAUGCGCUCCCUUCGUAUGACACCGCCGACUCCGAGCUAGCUAGCACUCUCAGGCCCGUGCGUCGGAGAUAUGAUACCAUUCGUCCGUUGUCACGGUCGUUCUGGGCGCGGGCAUCAGUUCCCGCAAAUGUACAACUUGAAGCUGAUACGG